AGCUCAACUAUAGCUAUAGUCAUAGAAACUUCAACUCUUGUCCAUUCUCGUGUGUUCCUUGCUCAGUGAUCUGGAUUUUCUCUUUUGAUUACGCUCCAACAUGGCUGAGGUGGACGAAACUCUUAAGAAGAAGAGGACCUUCAGGAAGUUCACCUUCCGAGGUGUCGACCUGGACCAGCUCCUGGACAUGCCCAAUGACCAGCUCAUGGAUCUGAUGCACGCCAGAGCCCGCAGGCGUUUCUCUCAUGGUCUCAAGCGCAAACCCAUGGCUCUUGUCAAGAAACUGCGCAAGGCCAAAAAGGAAGCCCCACCAAAUGAGAAGCCCGAAAUCGUCAAGACACACUUGAGGAACAUGAUCAUUGUUCCAGAGAUGGUUGGCUCCAUUGUUGGUGUUUACAAUGGCAAGACUUUCAACCAGGUUGAAAUCAAGCCAGAAAUGAUUGGUCACUACUUGGGAGAGUUCUCUGUGACGUACAAACCUGUUAAGCACGGUCGACCUGGUAUUGGUGCCACCCACUCUUCUCGUUUCAUACCUCUGAAGUAAAUUCGUAUAAUAAACAAAAAUUAUAUAAAAAAUCGAA